CCGUAGAAGAAGAGCGACGCGGAAGUUGUUCCACGCCGGGGCGCCUUUCUUCAAAACACAAUCGUGUGAAUUUCUGAAUUGCAACUUUCGCUACAAUGCCUCUGUCAACCCAGUCUCAACCCGACGAUGAACAGUACGUGUUAGUGGCCAGUCUCGAUAAUGCUCGCAAUCUGUCAAACAUCCUGAAAGCAAUCACCUUCAAGGACCAUGCCAUCUUCAGCGCUACACCCAACGGCCUGAAGGUCACUGUGGAAGACUGCAAAUGUCUUCAAGCCAAUGCCUUCAUCCAGGCUGAGAUCUUCCAAGAGUUCACCAUUAAAGAAGACUUGGUGGGUUUUCAGGUCAACCUUACUGUUCUGCUGGACUGCCUCAAUAUCUUUGGAGGAAGCACAGUACCAGGAAUAUCAACAGCCUUACGGAUGUGCUACAGGGGAUAUGGUUACCCUCUGACCUUGUUCCUGGAGGAGGGUGGGGUGGUAACUGUUUGCAAGAUCAACACACAAGAACCAGAAGAGCCAAUUGACUUUGACUUCUGCAGCACCAACGUCACAAACAAGGCGAUCCUGCUGUCAGAGAGUCUGAAGGAAGCCUUUUCUGAACUGGACAUGACCAGCGAGGUGCUACAGAUCACCAUGUCCCCCAGCCAGCCGUACUUUCGGUUGUCUACAUUUGGGAACUCUGGAAAUGCACAUUAUGAUUAUCCCAAAGACUCAGACAUGAUGGAGCUGUUCCGUUGCACCAAGACGCAAACCAACAGGUAUAAGAUGUCGUUGUUGAAGCCGUCCACCAAGGCUCUGGCUUUGUCCUGUAAAGUCUCUGUGAGGACAGAUAGCAGAGGUUUCCUCUCUCUGCAGUACCUGGUCAGAAACGACGAUGGACAAAUCUGCUUUGUAGAAUAUUAUUGUUGUCCUGACGAGGAGGUGGAUGAGGAUUGAUUACACUCUUUCUGAUAAACACAUUAUCAUCAGUGGUGGCCGGUCGCUUUGAAUUAGCGCAAGAAAUCCUGAGAGGGCAGCACAGCCUGUGGGGUGCACACUGGACAAAAAUGAAUGUGAAGAGAGCACAGUGGAUUAUGGACAAAUGGGCAAAGUUGGAUUGUUAUGGCAAAAUCAACUGGUUGUUCAUUUCCCAAACAGUGACAUUUAAGUAGCACUUUGGCACUGGGUUAAUGGGAAUAUCUUACUCAGCUCUUUGCUUCCUUUAUAAAUAUGGGAAAUGACUUUGGUUGCAGUUACUGAAUUGUGUUCAAGUUACACUGGAGUCCCGGCUCUUUUAACACAAGGCACUCUACAUGUGGACAUUGCCUGCCUUUGUGAAUAGUUUACUUCCUGCAUCGGAACAAAUCUGUCCUCCAGAAGUGUUUUAAGUCUAAAACAACACCAUUUCUGCCCCAAGCAUCGCCUAAUGGUUCACAUUAUCCACACUACAAUAGUAGACCACUAAUUUAUUAGGGUGUUAUGACAGACUAGAGAUCUGUCGAGGCCUUUCACCCAGUGUAUGCAGGUAUGAACAGAGCUGGACAACAGACUUUUAUUCUUACUAUUUGUUAAGAUUGACGUUACCUUUGAUUAUUAUGAGGGCAAUAUUAUAUUUCAUCCACUCACAUACUGUUUCUGGAGCCCUUUUUUUGAUGCAUGCAGUGAGCUGGUUCUGUGAGAUGAUAUACAGUGUGUCUACAUCAUCUAUAAAGCUUUAGAUGCUUCAGCAGUUCUGCACAUCUGGUUAUAAUUUUCCUUUCACAUCACACCAUUUGUUGUAAGAAGACAUCAGAUGAUACUGUAAGUUGGAUUGUUUUAUUUCCAGGACAUAGAAAACAAUUAUAGUCACAUUCAAACUCAAUAAACAAGUUAUCAAAAAGGAAAAA